AUGGCAGAACUACAGCAAGCAAUCCUUUUGAUGACGGAACUCCUGCAGAAGCUGGCACAGCCGAACAAUACGGAGCAAACUCUCGAAUCCUUGGCAACCAACAUCAGUGAAUUUUCGUUCGACCCGGAAAAUGGAAUCACUUUCGAAAAGUGGUACAGCCGGUAUACGGAUCUUUUCGAAUCGGAUGCCAAGAAUUUAGACGAUUCCGCCAAGGUACGCCUGCUGUUAAGGAAGUUGGACACACCAUCCCACGUCAGGUACGUCAACUUCAUCUUGCCGAAGCUUCCCAAAGACGUCGAUUUUGCUGGCACCGUCAAGAUACUAUCGCAAAUGUUCGGCACACACACCUCCAUUUUUAACAAGCGGUACCAGUGCCUCCAGCUAGUAAAAUCUGAAGCAGAGGACAUCAUUAGCUACGCAGGGAAGGUGAAUCGUUCAUGCGAAGAUUUCAACUUCAAAAAUAUGAAUAUCGAUCAGUUCAAGUGCUUGGUGUUUGUGAGUGGCCUUAAGGGUCAUGCCUACGCCGACACGCGUCCAAGGCUUCUUUCCCGGAUUGAAUGUGAAACAGCAGAAGCUCCCGUGAAUCUUCAGAACUUGAUUAACGAACAUCAACGACUCGUUAAUCUCAAGGAGGACACAUCGAUGAUUGAGCGCCAGUCAAGCUCGAAACAAGCGGUUCACGCUGUCCAGGAGAAGGGAAGGUUUCAUCAUCCACACACUUCAAAAACGGAAGGUAAGCUGCCUCGCACCUCUUGUUGGCAAUGCGGACAAAUGCAUUUUGUCCGGAACUGUCCGUUUUCGGAGCACCAGUGCAAACAGUGCAACCGAAUUGGCCACAAGGAAGGCUAUUGCGGCUGUUAUUCCAAACGGCAGACAGUUUCAGGCGGAGGGGAAAAGAAAACAUCGAAUCAGUCACCAUCGAAUCAGCCAUCAAAUCAGCAAAUGAAUCAGCCAGCAAAUAGACAAAACAACCCUCGGAAAGUCAACGCUAGAGGAGUAUACAUCGUGACCCACAUUGUGAACCACAUCGCUAACCGUUCCAGUAACCGAAAGUACGUGCCUACUUUGAUCAACGGCGCGGCUACCAGGCUCCAACUGGACACAGCAAGCGAUAUCACGGUGAUAUCAAAGCAAACCUGGAACAACUUGGGUAACCCUUCAAUCAUCAAACCGACGAUCCAAGCAAUCAACGCGUCGGGCAAACCACUUCAUCUGAUGGGUGAGUUCCAGUGCGACGUCAGCAUCAACGGAAAAACUGCUCGAGGCAGAUGUUUCGUCACGACGACUGCCAACCUCAACCUUCUCGGCAUCGACUGGAUUGACCUGUUCAAGCUGUGGUCAGUUCCUCUCGACUCCGUUUGCAAUCAAGUAACGACGAAGUCGAUCGAUCAGCAGAUUAGUGAAUUUCGAGCAAAGCAUGCAAAUGUUUUCAAUGAUUCACUGGGACCUUGCAGGAAAUUGAAGGUAAAGCUUUUUCUCAAACCAAAUGCUGAACCUAUUUUCUGUCCAAAGCGCCCAGUUCCUUUCAACACCAUUCCAUUGGUCGAUGCUGAACUCACACGGUUACAAUCAUUGGGCAUCCUCGAACCUGUCGAUUUCUCCGAAUGGGCUGCUCCCAUCGUGGCAGUGCGCAAACCUAACGGUCGAGUGCGCAUAUGUGCAGACUACUCGACGGGGCUAAACGAGGCGUUGGAACCAAAUCACUAUCCGCUUCCGACGCCGGAGGAAAUUUUCGCCCAACUCAACGGCAGCACCGUUUUCAGCAUCGUCGAUCUUUCCGAUGCGUAUCUGCAGCUUGAGGUGGAUGACGACUCCAAGAAGCUGCUCACAAUCAACACGCAUCGAGGAUUGUUCCGGUUCAAUCGUCUGGCUCCCGGAGUGAAAUCUGCGCCGGGCGUAUUUCAACGUGUGGUGGAUGGAAUGAUAGCAGACAUACCUGGUGUCCGCUCUUUCAUCGAUGAUGUCAUCGUGUUUGGAAAGGACAUCAGCUCACACGCAACGUCACUCAACCUACUCUUCCAGCGGCUCAAAGAGUAUGGUUUCCACGUGAGGGCUGAGAAGUGUCAUUUCUUUCAAUCACAACUCGGCUAUUUGGGGCACAUUGUGGACAAACAAGGCAUUCGUCCAGACCCCGAGAAAGUGAAGGCUAUUGCUGCACUCCCACCGCCAACCAACGUUUCCGAGCUUCGAUCGUACCUGGGUGCGGUCAACUUCUACGGUAGGUUCGUGCGCAACAUUCACGAAUUGCGGCAUCCAAUGGACCAGCUGUUGAAGAAGGACGUGAAAUGGCAGUGGACACCGGCAUGCCAACAGGCUUUCGACCAGUUCAAAAGGACGCUUCAAUCAAACCUGCUGCUAAUGCAUUACGACCCUAAGCUUCCAAUCAUCGUGGCUGCGGAUGCAUCAAGCACAGGCAUCGGGGCAGUCAUCUUUCACCAGUUCCCUGAUGGCAGCAUGAAGGCAGUACAACACGCUUUGAGGACGCUCGCACCCGCGGAGCGUAAUUAUGGACAACCAGAGAAGGAAGCGCUUGCGUUAGUCUAUGCAGUGACCAAAUUCCACAAGUAUCUGUUGGGACGCCAUUUCACACUGCUGACUGACCACAAGCCACUACUUUCCAUCUUCAGUUCUAAGAAGGGGAUUCCCCUACACACUGCGAACCGACUACAACGGUGGGCUCUCACGAUGCUGAAUUACGACUUCGAGAUUCAGCAUGUAUCCACCAACGAAUUCGGAUGUGCAGAUCUGUUGUCCCGACUGAUCGACCAGACCAUCCAACCCGAAGAAGAAUACGUUAUCGCUGCGCUGAGCCUUGAGGAAGAUUUGACUCCCACCAAGACCACGUUGGAAUCUUGGCCAGUACCUACCAAACCAUGGUCGAGGAUCCAUAUCGACUACGCAGGUCCGGUAGAUGGAGUUUACUUCCUGAUCAUAGCGGAUCCCUACUCCAAGUGGCCUGAGGUAUACAUGACCAAAACAACAACAGCGAAAGCCACGAUCAAAUUGCUGAAGCAAUCAUUCGCAACAUUCGGAGUUCCGGAAGUAAUCGUUUCGGACAACGGCACCCAGUUUUCAAGCCACGAAUUCAUGACGUUCUGCACUAGUGAAGGUAUUCGACACAUUCGAAUUGCUCCAUACCAUCCACAAUCUAACGGUCUUGCUGAAAGAUUUGUGGACACGUUGAAAAGACUGAAGACUGAAGACUGA